CACCGCGGAAGCACCAUGAUCUCACGAUAUAAACCGAGUCCUGGCUCCACCAUGUCCUUGGCGUUCUGUGGGAACGAGAAUAACUCGUCGGCUUACAACGUGGACGGUGGGGUCCUGAACAACGGCUGCUUCCUGGAUGCACUCAAUGUGGUACCCCAUGUCUUCCUCCUCUUCAUCACUUUUCCCAUCCUCUUCAUCGGCUGGGGCAGCCAGAGUUCAAAGGUCCACAUCCACCACAGCACCUGGCUUCACUUUCCUGGUCACAACCUGCGCUGGCUCCUCACCUUUGUGCUGCUCUUCAUCCUCGUCUGUGAGAUCGCUGAAGGCAUCGUCUCUGAUGGGUUCAGCCAAUCCCUCCAUCUGCACCUUUACAUGCCUGCAGGUCUGGCCUUCAUGGCUGGUAUCACAUCUAUUAUCUACUAUCAUAACAUCGAGACCUCCAACUUCCCCAAACUGUUAUUAGCCUUGCUCAUCUACUGGGUCCUCGCCUUCAUAAUGAAAACCAUCAAGUUUGCCAAGUACACGGAGCACGGCAUCGGCCUUAGGCAGCUUCGUUACUGCAUCACCGGACUGCUGGUGCUGCUGUAUGGACUCCUGCUCACCGUAGAGAUCAAUGUCAUCCUGGGCCGGCGCUACAUGUGUUUCGCUGACCCCACUGAGGUUAAGCCUCCAGAGGAUCUCCAGGACCUUGGUGUUCGAUUUCUGCAACCAUUCGUCAACCUGUUGUCCAAAGCUACCUACUGGUGGAUGAACACCUUCAUCACCACUGCUCACAGACGGCCCAUUGACCUCAAGGUUAUCGGCAAACUGCCCAUCGCCAUGAGAGCCCUUACUAACUACAUCAAGCUACGCAGGGCCUUUGAAGACCAGAAGAGGCCGCAGGGCACAGCACCCCAGAGCCCAAAGCUGAUCUGGCAGGCGUUGAGGAAAGCGUUUGGCAGACCUCUCAUCCUCAGCAUCACGUUUCGCUUCCUGGCUGACCUGCUUGGCUUCGCUGGUCCUCUCUGCAUCUCUGGCAUUGUCCACCACAUCAGCAAGGACAACCGCACAAUUCAGCCACCGAUGAAGUUACUGGGGAUCUAUUUCAUUUCCUCCAAAGAGUUUCUGGAGAAUGCCUAUGUGCUGGCUGUGCUGCUCUUCUUCGCCCUGCUCCUGCAGAGGACCUUCCUGCAGGCCUCUUACUAUGUGGCCAUCGAAACGGGCAUCAACCUGCGUGGGGCCAUACAGACAAAAAUCUACAAUAAGAUCAUGCGUCUGUGCACUUCUAACAUGUCCAUGGGCGAGUUGACCGUUGCACAGAUUUGUAACCUGGUUGCCAUUGAUACCAACCAGCUUACGUGGUUCUUCUUCCUCUGCCCUAACCUGUGUGCCAUGCCAGUUCAGAUAAUAGUGGGAGUGAUCCUGCUCUACUACCUCCUGGGAAUCAGUGCCUUGAUUGGAGCAACCGUCAUCGCUGUGUUAGCUCCUGUACAAUACUUCGUUGCCACCAAGCUGUCUCAAACACAAAAGAGCACUCUGGAAUACUCCAGUGAACGUCUAAAGAAGACCAAUGAGCUGCUGCGGGGGAUCAAACUGCUGAAGCUGUACGCCUGGGAGAACAUUUUCUGUGACAGUGUGGAGGAGACGAGGGGCAAAGAGCUCACCAGCCUGCAGGCUUUUGCUCUCUACACAUCCAUAUCCAUUUUCAUGAAUGCAGCUAUUCCCAUUGCAGCUGUUUUGACGACAUUUGUGGUUCACGUGCACAUCUCUGAGGACGCCGAUCUGUCCCCAGCUGUGGCCUUUGCCUCUCUGUCCCUCUUUCACAUCCUGGUCACCCCCCUCUUCCUGCUGUCCAGUGUGGUGCGCUCCACUGUCAAGGCUCUGGUUAGUGUUCAGAAGCUCAGCGAGUUUUUCUCCAGUGACGAGAUUGGAGACGAACAGGAGCCCAGAGCGACGUUAACCUCUGGCUCCAGCAAUCACAACCAAAAUAAAUACCAGGCUGUGCCCCUGAAGGUGGUGAACCGGAAGCGCCCCCCAAAGGAUGACUGGAAUAACUAUGGCACACAGAGGGACCAUGAGAGCGACGGACCCUCCCAGGAUAUGGACCAAGACACCUGUAUCAAGAUAACCAGUGGUUAUUUCACCUGGACCGAUGGACCUCCAACACUCUCCAACGUGGACAUAAAGAUCCCUUUUGGUAAACUGACCAUGAUAGUUGGACAGGUUGGUUGUGGGAAGUCGUCUCUGCUGCUGGCAGCGCUGGGAGAGAUGCAGAGAAUAUCAGGAACAGUCACCUGGAACAGCCUGCCAAUCCUGGACUCUGAGGGAGAUGAAAGUCCCGCUGACAGGGAUGCAGCAGUCGAUGGAGAUAUCGGGAAGAGAGGCGCUGUGGCCUACGCUUCCCAGAAGCCCUGGCUGCUGAAUGCAACACUGGUGGAGAACAUCACCUUUGAGAUGCCCAUGAUUAAACCCAGAUACAAAGCUGUGAUCGACGCCUGCUCUCUCCAGCCAGACAUCGACAUCCUUCCACAGGGGGACCAGACAGAGAUCGGGGAGCGGGGAAUCAUCCUGUCAGGUGGACAGAAACAAAGGAUCAGUGUAGCCAGAGCUCUGUACCAGCAGACCAACCUGGUGUUUCUGGAUGACCCAUUCUCUGCGUUAGACAUCCACCUUAGUGAUCAUCUGAUGCAGGACGGUAUCCUCAAGCUGCUGAGGGAGGAGAAGAGGACGGUGGUGCUGGUCACACACAAACUCCAAUAUCUCCCACAUGCAGACUGGAUCAUUGCCAUGAAAGAUGGCACCAUCCAGACUGAGGGGACCCUGAAGGACAUCCAGAACUCUGAGCCUGAACUCUUCGAACAGUGGAAAACACUGAUGCAUAGACAGGACCAGGAGUUUGAGAAGGAGACGGUGGCAGCCAGCAUGACUGAUCUAGAGAGGAAAAACCUGCGGAGGGCAAUGUACUCCAGAGAGGCCAUCAGGACAGAGGAGGACGAGGAAGAGGAAUCUGUGGAGAGUGACGAUGAUGACAACCUGUCUCAGGUGAUGCGUCAGCGCGCCACCAUCCCCUGGCGCUCCUGUGGCACCUACCUGUCCUCUGCUGGACUUCUCCUGCUCACCCUGCUCCUCCUGUCACAGCUCCUCAAACAUUCCCUCAUGGUUGCCAUUGACUAUUGGCUGGCACACUGGACGUCCCGAGUCAUCACGGCAAAGAUUGAAGCCACGGCACGAAACUGCACAGUUGUUCAGGACUGCGGCUUCAGUCACUCGUGGUAUCUGUCCAUCUUCAGCGUGCUCUGCUGCCUCGGUAUCAUCCUGUGUCUGGCCACCUCCGUUGCUGUGGAGUGGACCGGCCUCAAAGUGGCCAAAGAGCUCCACCACAAUUUGCUCAACAAAAUCAUCCUGGCCCCUAUGAGGCUCUUUGAGACAACUCCGCUCGGCAGCAUCCUCAACAGAUUCUCCACAGACACAAACACCAUCGACCAGCACAUCCCCACCACCCUGGAGUGCCUCACGCGCUCCACCCUGCUGUGUGUGUCUGCUCUGGGCGUCAUCUCCUACGUGACUCCCGUCUUCCUCAUCGCACUCCUGCCUCUGGCCGUCACCUGCUACUUCAUCCAAAAGUACUUCAGGGUGGCCUCCAGGGAUCUGCAGCAGCUAGAGGACAGCACCCAGCUCCCUUUACUCUCUCACUUCUCUGAGACAGUGGAGGGUCUCACCACAAUAAGAGCCCUACGGUACGAGCCCAGGUUCAGACAGAGGCUGCUACAGUUCACUGAUGCCAACAACAUCGCCUCACUCUUCCUCACAGCAGCAAACCGCUGGCUGGAGGUCCGCAUGGAAUACAUCGGAGCCUGUGUGGUACUGGUGGCGGCUGUAGCCUCUAUCACAAACUGUCUUUACAACGAACUGUCUACCGGGCUGGUGGGGCUCGGACUGACCUACGCACUCAUGGUAUCAAACUACAUGAACUGGAUGGUGCGUAACCUGGCAGACAUGGAGGUGCAGCUCGGCUCAGUCAAGAGGAUAAACGGCCUUCUUAAAACUGAACCAGAGAACUAUGAGGGGCUGCUCACAGUGUCUCAGGUCCCUGACGGCUGGCCCCGACAGGGAGAGAUCCAGAUCCAGAAUUUGAGUGUUCGGUACGAUCCCACGCUGAAGCCUGUGCUCAAAAAUGUUAACGCACACAUCAGCCCUGGACAGAAGGUGGGAAUCUGUGGCAGGACAGGCAGCGGAAAAUCCUCUUUCUCCUUGGCCUUUUUCCGCAUGGUGGACAUGUUUGAGGGGAGGAUUGUAAUAGAUGAUAUCGACAUCGCCAAGCUGCCUCUGCAGACCCUCAGAUCUCGAUUGUCCAUCAUUCUCCAAGACCCCAUCCUGUUCAGCGGGACAAUACGGUUCAACCUGGACCCAGAGAUGAAAGCUACAGAUGAGAUGCUCUGGGAAGCUCUGGACAUAGCUCAGCUGAAACCUGUCGUUAAAUCUCUUCCAGGAGGACUUGAUGCCAUGGUGACAGAAGGAGGAGAAAACUUCAGUCAGGGUCAGAGACAGCUCUUCUGUCUGGCCCGAGCCUUUGUCAGGAAAACCAGCAUCCUCAUCAUGGAUGAGGCCACAGCAUCCAUUGAUAUGGCAACGGAGAGCAUCCUGCAGAAAGUGGUGAUGACUGCUUUCGCUGACCGCACAGUUGUAACUAUAGCACAUCGCGUCCACACCAUCCUGAAUGCCGACCUGGUGAUUGUGAUGAAGCGGGGGAUCAUCCUGGAGUAUGACAGACCCCAGGCCCUGCUGGACAAGGAGGACAGUGUCUUCACCUCCUUUGUGCGAGCAGACAAGUAGCACAAGAAGAGAGAAGCAUCAAAGGAAGACAUUCAAAGUGCAAUUGUCUCAUGGAGAAUAUUCCUUUUAUUUUUUAAUCAUGUUGUAUUAUAUUUGUACAUAAAAAAGUGGAUUCUUUGUUAAUAAAACAUAAAUUAUCAUUUACACCUGUGUUGUUAUUUUGGCUUGUUUUGUAGAAAUGGCUGAGAAUAACACGUAGGAGUCGUGUAGGUUAAACAUGAGCUGACAGCUGAGUGCGUAGCUGUCCAGCCAGAAGAGGGAAGGAGCCAGAAACAGCAUUGUGAUCAUGAUCGUACACCCAGCGUUGUCACGGGGAAGAGGCCAGGGCUGACAUCCGAUAUUAGAAAGUUCUAUGGCUGCCAGCAGAGCUCAGAGGGCCGUAAAUAAAGCGUUUGUAGGAUGGUAUGUAAGAGAGAGGGAUCAUCAGACUUUAAUAUGCAGGACUGGAUGUCAUUGAAAACACUGAAUGUGGCUCCUGUGGCCCACUUUCCAUUCAUGUGGGGUUGACAGAAACAGCCUGAGGAUGGUUUACUGUACUCUGCUCUAUAUUUAACCCUUUACAUACUUAGAGGAUGAGCAGCCUGUGCCAG